AUGUUGGGUCAGAAACAAUCAGAGGAAGCAAUAGUUAGCAGUAGUUUCAAUGAGACAGAUCAACAAGAAUCAGUACUUGGAAAGGAAGAAGAGCAAGAACAGGAUCAUUCAUUCAGUGUCAAGAAUUUUCUCUGGCAUGGUGGUUCUGUUUGGGAUGCAUGGUUCAGUUGUGCUUCAAAUCAAGUGGCUCAAGUGUUGUUGACACUGCCAUAUUCAUUCUCUCAACUUGGCAUGCUAUCUGGGAUCUUGCUUCAAGUAUUCUAUGGAAUUCUUGGAAGCUGGACUGCUUAUCUUAUCAGUGUUCUCUAUGUUGAGUACCGAACCAGAAAAGAAAAGGAAAAUGUUAAUUUCAAGAACCAUGUUAUUCAGUGGUUUGAAGUGCUUGAUGGACUACUGGGUCCAUUUUGGAAAGCAUUGGGUCUAGCUUUCAACUGUACUUUCCUUCUCUUUGGAUCUGUGAUUCAGCUUAUAGCUUGUGCAAGCAACAUCUAUUAUAUAAAUGACAACUUGGACAAAAGAACUUGGACUUAUAUAUUCGGAGCAUGUUGUGCUACAACUGUGUUCAUUCCAUCGUUUCAUAAUUACCGUAUUUGGUCCUUUCUUGGACUUGGAAUGACCACUUACACCGCUUGGUAUCUUACUAUAGCAGCUAUUGUUCAUGGACAGGCAGAAAAUGUGACACAUACUGGUCCAAAAAAGUUAGUGCUGUAUUUUACUGGAGCAACCAAUAUACUAUACACAUUUGGUGGACAUGCUGUUACAGUAGAAAUUAUGCACGCCAUGUGGAAGCCACAAAAAUUCAAAUACAUAUAUUUGCUGGCGACUUUAUAUGUUUUCACAUUAACGAUUCCUUCUGCUUCUGCGGUUUAUUGGGCAUUUGGUGAUGAACUUCUUAAUCAUUCCAAUGCUUUCUCUCUUCUUCCCAAAAAUGGAUUUCGUGAUGCUGCUGUUAUUCUCAUGCUCAUUCACCAGUUCAUCACAUUUGGUUUUGCUUGUACUCCAUUGUACUUUGUAUGGGAGAAAGUAAUUGGAAUGCAUGACACAAGAAGCAUUUGUUUAAGGGCACUAGCAAGGUUACCAGUGGUGAUACCUAUUUGGUUUUUGGCCAUUAUUUUUCCUUUCUUUGGACCCAUUAACUCUGCUGUUGGAGCUCUUCUUGUUAGCUUCACUGUCUACAUCAUUCCUUCAGCUGCUCAUAUGCUCACUUAUCGAAAAGCCUCCGCGAGACAGAAUGCCGCCGAAAAACCUCCAUUUUUCAUGCCGAGUUGGACAGCAAUGUAUAUUUUGAAUGCAUUUAUUGUGGUAUGGGUUUUGGUGGUUGGGUUUGGGUUUGGAGGAUGGGCUAGUAUGACAAAUUUCAUUAGACAAAUUGACACAUUUGGGCUUUUUGCUAAGUGCUACCAAUGCAAGCCACCACCACCACUUAUGGUUGCAGCACCUCCUCCUCAUGCCCUUCAUCAUUGA